GUCUGUGUGUGUAUGAGAGAGACCUGUGACUCAUUUAACAAGUCACUCUAAUAUGCUCAGCGCUGCGUUGUGGGGAUUGGAGGGAGCCCAUCGUCCGAAGGUCCGUAGAUGACGGCCAGAAGGGGAAGGCGGGGCCGGCAAAAGCCCUUCCUCAAGUGCCUGGAGCUCAGAGAUGCGGCCCAGGGGAGGGAACUGUAGCUAGGUAAGGAGGCCAUGCUUACUGUUGCUUCCAGAUUCCAUGUCAGCACCGAGUCCUCAGAUGCUGGUGGCAGCUGCUCAGCAGACCUUGGGCAUGGGAAAGAGACGGUGCCCACCCCGAGCUAUCUGUCUUCACCUCGCUGGAGAGGUGCUGGCUGUGGCCCGGGGACUGAAGCCAGCUCUGCUCUAUGAUUGCAGUUGUGCAGGGCCAUCAGAGCUCCAGAGCUAUCUGGAGGAACUGCAGGGCCUGGGCUUCCCGACCCAGGGACUUCACAUCCUCGAGAUUGGAGAAGACAGCUUGAUUGUCAGUCCUGAGCACGUAUGUCAGCACUUGGAGCAUGUGCUCCUUGGUACCAUAGCCUUUGUGGAUGUUUCCAGCUCCCAACUUCAUCCUUCUAUUUGCUCCCUGGACGAGCUUCAGAAUUUGAAGGCCCUAAUGGCUGAGAUCAUCGCGCAUUUGCAAGGGCUGCAGAGGGACCUAUCCCUGGCAGUCUCCUGUAGCAGACUUCAUUCCUCAGGCUGGAAUCUCUGUACUGUGUUCGGGAUCCUCCUGGGCUAUCCUGUUCCGUAUACCUUUCGUCUGAACCAGGGAGACGACAACUGCUUAGCCUUGACCCCACUACGGGUGUUCACUGCCCGGAUCUCAUGGCUUUGUGGUCAUCCCCCCGUCUUGCUCUAUUCCUUUAGUGUCCCAGAAAGCUUGUUCCCAUCCCUGAGGGAGAUUCUAAAUACUUGGGAGGAGGACCUUAGAACUCGAUGUAGGACUCAGAAUGACUUUGCUGACCUGAGCAUCUCCUCUGAGAUAGUCACGCUGCUAACAGUGGCUCUCUGACUUUAACUCUUGUGCAGAAGGUACUCAGUAAAUAAUCCGCUCUAGCUGAAGGAUGGUAUCAAGUACCAAUUCAGAGCAUCUUGAAAACACCGGGGGCGGGGGGUGGUGCUAUAAUCAGUUGUCCAUAUCACAGUGGGCAUGGGAUAAGUGGUGGCGGCAUUGGUUGUACAUUUGCCAUUUCUGUACUAAGGAGUCCUCUUGACUUUGCUGCGAUAUCUGCUGAUUUUUCCACUGGGUAGGAGAGAGAAGAAGAGAGAUUGUGCAGAAGGGCGGUGGAGGACAAGUGUAUGUUCUUGUGUGGUAACUAUAAAUACACCUGCCCCCGUGGGUGGUGUCUGCCAGAAAGUAGAAGACUAGGCGGGUUUUACCACAUGUUUCUAUACCACCAGCUGAAAUGGACUAGGGAGGAUAGACGAGGAUGCUCAGAUGUCUCACACGUGUGAUGUGAGUUGUCAUUCCAGAGUAAACGAAGAGUUCUGAGGAACAGAGACUGUUAGAUGAAGUAUUUAUUUUACAAUAGGUUAAAAAAAUAAUAACAAAGUCAGAAAUCUCAGGUGGGAAAAUGCACACUUCAAAGUAUAUCAACCUUCUGAAUUUUUUAUUGAGUUUCUUGCUUCAGGUUUUUACCCAACCAGUGGUCACAAGUGAUUCAGAUCACCAGGCUGUCCUUCUUGGCCAGGAACACUGCCAGUGCUAUAGCGAUCAUUACCAUCAGCAUCGAGAGCCAUCGGCCACAUUGCCUCUGUUAGGAGGGGCGGGGGAGAAAAAGAGGCCAUGGGUUGUUGGAGAAGGUACAGGCAAAAAUAAUCUUCCUUCUUCCCAUCCUAGCCCAGUGGAAAACCUUGGAUCAGUAGAGGAGAAAAAGCUUUUUGUAUCACUGUCUCUCUCACUUGGUCACAUCCUUUGGGAUAAAACCACUUUACUGCUGGUCACUGGCCCCCAGUCCAGGAUCACUGACUCAGGGAACCAUACUCAGCAAAAGCCAGAUACUUAGAUACUGAUAAGAAUAGUUAAGGAAAGGGGCGCCUGGGUGGCUCAGUGGGUUAAGCCUCUGCCUUCGGCUCAGGUCGUGAUUCCAGGGUC